UGCAUAUGUGAGGUCGUCCUUCUUACUGAAUCCUAAUACAAGUAUAAUUUAUCACUGUAGCUGUGCAGUAUGUUCGCCUUCGUUGCUGCGCUGUUCUGCUUUUACGCGUUGGGAAGUGGAAGAGUUGUGCGCGGUCAGGGUGCCAAAGAUACCCGCUUUCUUUGUACAGCAAUCCCCGUCGGCGCCAACCCAAGUUGUCCCGUGCCUCCUAUGCCCAUGCAGAGCACCAGCGCUGAGGAAGAAGAAUUGAAGAACACAGUCAUGCAGCUUCGAGAGACCAUCCUACAGCAAAAGGAGACCAUUGUCAACCAACUUGGUACAAUUAAGGAGCUGACCUCCAAACUUUCCCGCUGCGAGUCCGCCACCGAGGAUUCGCUGCAGGACGGAAAGUACAAAAGUCAAGGAUCCUGGAGAAAAGACUACAACAAGAACACUAUGGGGGAUCUCCCAAGAGAUCCCGGUGACACUAUUGACCAGCUCGGAAAAACCAUGCAGAGUCUGAAGGACCGGCUGGAAAACUUAGAGCAACAACAGAUGAGGGCCAAUAUGUCGGGCGCGUCGUUUCCGAAUGAGCUUCGCGACCUGCUCCAGCGCAGACUGGGAGAUUUAGAGAAUCAGCUUCUGAAUAAAGUGGCUGAGCUGGAGGAGGAGAAGACUCAGCUGUACAACGAGACGGCGGCUCACCGCAGUCGCACGGAGAGCACCCUCAACUCGCUGCUGGAGAGGAUCACCGAGCUGGAGAAAGGUAACAGUGGAUUCAAGUCCCCAGAGGAUUUCAAGAUAUCCCUCCCUCUCCGCACAAACUACCUGUAUGGUCGGAUCAAGAAGAGUCUCCCAGAGAUGUAUGCCUUCACCGUCUGCAUGUGGCUCAAGUCCAGUGCCAGUCCCGGCAUUGGGACACCAUUCUCCUAUGGUGUGCCUGGGCAGGCCAAUGAGAUUGUGCUGAUUGAGUGGGGGAACAACCCCAUUGAGCUGCUCAUUAAUGACAAGGUGGCACAGCUGCCUCUGUCAGUCAGCGAUGGGCGCUGGCAUCAUGUCUGCGUAACCUGGACAACCCGAGAUGGACUUUGGGAGGCCUACCAGGACGGGGAAAAGUUGGGAUCGGGAGAGAACCUGGCCCCUUGGCACCCCAUUAAGGCCGGCGGGGUUAUUAUCCUGGGUCAGGAGCAGGACACUGUAGGUGGGCGAUUCGAUGCCACUCAGGCUUUUGUGGGAGAGCUGAGCCAGUUCAACUUAUGGGAUCGUGUGCUACGGCCUGUGGAUAUAAUGAACAUGGCGAAUUGCUCCUCCUACAUGCCGGGCAACAUCAUACCUUGGGUCGACAACAAUGUGGAGGUCUUUGGCGGAGCCACCAAGUGGGCGCUGGAGAUUUGUGAGGAUCGACUCUUUGAUUCUUAAGAGACACUGUUUUGGGACCAAACCUCUUCCAAGCCUCCCCCAGGCGCACCACAUUCAAGCUGCUUCAGAGAAGCCACUCUCAAGGCAAGCAUUUGGGGCUUGCAAUAGUUUAACAUUUUGGGUGAGCAUUUGGGGGAGGUGUUAGGUGAAGGGUGUUCACUGUGCGUUUGUA